GUCCUUUCCUUUUUUGGGUACUGCAGAGGGCUUGUUAAGGGGUAUUUGUGGGAACUGUUAAAGGGAGCAUCCCUGUGUUGUCCUGUUUGCCUUCCCUGUUUGCCCACGAUAGCCCAAAGUGCUGCGGACUGAGGUGUAGGGGAGGUCAAGGCCAGCACCUCCUUUACUAGAGCCCUCAAGUGUCACCGUUGUGCCAGGUGGGUGGGAAUGAGUGUGAGUGUGUGUGUGUGCGCGCGCGUUCGUGUGAGUGCACGUGCCACUUGCAGCUGUACAUUUAUGGGGUCAGGGGCAAACAGGCUGCAGAAGGAGGAGCCCUGCUGUCAUUCAGGAAGCUUUCUCUUCCUUGGGUCGGCCUGGGUUGGACCUAGCAAGGAGCCUAGGAAGCCUUUCCAGAGCCUGAGACGGCCACCCACGCCCGCCUGUGCUAGCUGGUUCCAGCGGGCAGAGAUGACGGGCACUGGUGCAGAAGUCAGGAGGACCAGACUCCACCAAGGGUCCCUCCCCAUUAGUGCCAGUCCGGGUCCCUCUGAGGCACCCAUCUGCCAAGUAACGCCGCUACUUCCCCUUCCUGCCAUUAUUAACCCACUUUCGUUUAUUUUCUUAGUUUUAGCCGAUUCCCAAUGGGCUUCCUCUCAGCUCCUGUGGGUGGGCCUGGGUAAGUUUAUAAGUGAUGUCUCCCUUAGUUUGGAGGGGGCGGCAGCCAGCAGAGGCAACACCACGCACGUUAUGACUCCCGCAGAUUUCCACUGUGUGGCCAGGCGGGUGGGUGGGGGAGUCUCUGCACCAAAGACGUCUUGACUCUGCCCCUUCCCUCUUACUACACCCAGCCCAAGCAGCUCGGUUUCUUGUGUCAAAACCAGUGAAGAGCCUGUGGGGAGCCCUUUGCCAGGUGAAUGAGGCCAGCGUAGGGGGCUUCGAUGUCGUGGCCCCUUGGGGCGGGGGUGGCAAUAAUACUUCAGCUUCUGUUUCCCUUGGGCAGGGUAGUGGAGGGGCACCCAGGGUUUUCUGUGGGUGGGGGGCAAGGACUCUGAGUGCCUGCAGCACCUCCUGGUCUCUGAUUGCUGUAAACUGUUACUGUUUUGUAUGAACAAAGUUGUCUUUACUAAACAGAUCUAAUAGUUGAAAGGGGUUUUUUCUUUUCUUCAUGUGACUCAGCCCCCCAGCCCUUGUAUGAUGACAGGGCAGAGUCCAGUGCCCUCGGGGAGGAAAGUAGAGGAAAGGGAAGGCUCCUGGUGAGAGGGACCAGCUCCAGGCCUGCCAGCACGUACCUGGUGUGGGGACGUGAAUGCACUUGCCCUUCUGUGGAGGAGAGCAGGGGUGCCUGUGAGGGAUGGGCAGCCCUGUUCUUUUGCCAGUACUGAAUCAGAGCCAGGCUGCUUGUUAGAAUUUGGUUCUUUGACCUGGAGACAGGUACUGGUACUCCCAACCCUGUGAGGUGGGGUGGGGGGUUCAGUGAGAAAGGGGUGGCGAUCAUUUGGAUCAAAUCCUUGGAGAGAGAUGCAAGAAGGUUGGUAUAGUUCCUCAAGGUUCCAGGAGGGGGCAGUAGAGUGUCAGACAGACCAAAAUAUUCUAGGUCAAAGCUGGAAGAGGCCUGAGAGUUCAUGUGACUCUCCUCAAUUUACAGGCAAAAAGACUGAGUCCCAGAGGUGGGAUGUUUGAGCGCACAAAAUGGAUUGGUUUGUGGGAGUCCUAGAUAUAAAUUGGUCUGUUGAUCUCACUGCUCUUCCUCACAGUCAGAUGAAACUAUAGGGUAUUUUAGAUAAUGUCACCUCCAUUUUCUCAUGUGACCCCAGAGGUCUUCAGAGAAGGCGAGCGGGAUGUUCAUCGUAUUUUACGAGCAAGGAAACUGAUGGAGAGGAUGAAGUAACGUGCCAGAGGUUGCAUAGCCAACUGAUUUAGACUAGAAUGUGGGAUCCCAAGGCCUAGGGUGCCCUCUGGCCUCAGAUCCAGCCUGCUGCCAGGAGGAGAGGCCUGUUUGAGCCCUCGGUCACCAGCAGAAUCACCACCUAGUCUAUGGGCACAGGCCCGGGGACCUCCCUGCCAUCACUACUGAGGUUGGACUCCAUCUUGACGCUACACUCUCUGCUCUAGAAGCCACUGCCCUUAUGAACCUGCAUGAGGUUUUGCAUUCAAGGAAGUCCACUUAUUCUCUCCACUUGCCAAGGUACAAGCAGUGAUAGGACCCUCAGGAGAGGGGAACAGGGAUGCAAGGAAGGGGCUGGGUACGAGGGAGGCGGGAGUUGACCGUGCUCUGCCACCUGUGGAGGUAGUGCUGGUUUCUGCUGCUGUCACAGUACAAUUCAUGGCACGAAGUUAGCAUCUUCAGUUAUGGAGGUCAGACGGUCUAAUAGGGCCUUUGGGCUAAAAUCUAGGUCUCAGCAGAGCUAUGUGCUUUUUUGGAGAAUGUAGGAGAUUCUGUUGUCUCCCCUUUUCCAGCACUUAGAGGCCUCCCGCGUUGGCUCAUGGCCUCUUCCUCCAGCUGCAAAGCCUCUUCAUCACCCCUCUCUGACCUGAGCUGGGAAAGAUUCUUUACUUUUAAGGACCCAGGUGACUAGAUUGACCCUGCCCAGAUAAUCCAGGAUAGUCUCCCCACCACAAGGUCCUUAAGGGCGGUCCUGUCUGCCAGUCCCUUUAACCAUGUAAGGUAGUCACAGGGUCAGAGUUUAGGAUGUGGGCAUCUACAGGGUCACUGCUCUACCACAGAGACUUGUCUUACUUAUGACCUCAUCCUCUUGUCCCACACUUUGACAUCACUGAUUCCUCCCCUCAUCUGUCUGGGUCUGGCCAAUCUGGACCCAGCCUGGUGCUCAGGGUAGUUGGCUGUGGUGUAGGGCCAGGAGUGACCUUCUUGGCAAGCGCGGUCUCACUGUGCUGUUCCAACUCCCUCUUCCCCUCUGCCCCGGUCCUCCAUGGUGACAUGGCCUUGUGACUCCGUCUCCAGGGGAGACCUCACCUUUUGUUAAACUGGUUGGUGAUGGGGCUUUGGUGCCUGUAGGCAGAGCUGACUUGCCUUGGUGCCUGAGCAAUGGAUGUCACUCCUGGACACUCUGGUGUGAGAUGUGAGGAGGCCUUGCAGAUGCUCGAGGCGCUGGUACUAUGCUGGGUUAUUCGUUUCUUCAGGCCAUGAAAGCCCUCGGAGAUAGACUGGUAUCCAAUUCACCUAUGAGAAAACAGCCUCAGAGAAGUAAAAUGAGUCUCCCAAGCCCUCACAACUGAGCAGAGGUGGAGCUCCUGCUUGAGUUCAGAGCCUCAGUCUCCUUGAAGAGGUGGGAGGGCCGAGCAGGGAGGCAGACUGGGUUCCCCUCCACGGAGGAGUUCCCUUUUCUCUAACUGGUGGCUUUGUGGAGAAUCCAAUGAGAAAAUGGAUUUCGGUGCUGCUCAGGGGACGGGUGGCCUUUAUUAGCUUGAGAGCCCCGCUCUCCGGUGGGUCCCAUGUCGGUGGGCCCAGGGAACCCCAGGUUCCUAGGCUGUGUCUACACUCCAGCUCUCAGCCAAAGGGCUGUGCUUUGGGGUGAAGAGGCAGUUGGGCUGGUAAACAAUAGCAGUAAGUUUGGGGCUUUCCUUUGACAGGGCUGGGGACGGGAAAUGAGGAAGACUGUGAUGAUGAGUGGCAGGGUGGGUAGGUCUGGCAUGCCCAUGUGUGAAGUUCAGUUAUUCAGGGGAGGCAACAGGGCUGCUCGGGCUGGGGGAAGUGCUGUCCCACCCACUAAACAAUGUAAACAUACCUGCCAGGCACCCCAGCAGGCAGCCAGGGUGAGGAUAAGGCCUUGGGGUGGGGGCUCUGUAUUUUCAGCCCUUGGGAACACAGCUCUGCCCUGGCCCUUUCCAGAGCAGCUAUUCUUUGGAAGGGACACCAGUUUCUAGCUCUGGAGGCCCUUCUGGUGAUUUCAUCUACCUCUCCCCUCUCUGCACUCAGACAAGGGCGAAGAAACUGCCCACAUGCUAAAUCUUGAAAUAACCAGGCAUUUAGUAAAUGUCCUGUACUUUGGGAAAAGCCAAGUGUAAGACUUAGUUCCUGCCCUCAAGCUAAUCAGUAAGGUAGAAAAUAUGCUUGCAACUGCGAACAACCUUGUUUUUCCUUUCUCUGCAUCCACAGAUCUGGCCACAUACCUGGAAUCAUCCACUGGCAACUGCCCCAGACAGUGAGGGUGAUCCUGAAGAGUGGCAAGUGAUGUCCGCAUCAGAGUGUCCCGGAGUGACUUACAGCAGGAGGCUUGACGGUGACAAUCAGGAAGGUACAGCUUCAAAGCCUUCAAUUUUCUAAUCUAGUAUCUAUGUCUUUUAUUUUUUCUAAAAGACGACUUCCGGAUUAUUUAAGCUUUGAGUUUCACAGACCCGAAAUCCACUGCUGCUUGCGUUCCGAUGUUUCAGCUACAUGGCAGAGAUUCCUGACCUUCUACGCUGUUGCUGGUGCGUGGCUGCCCAGUCAGGGCCUACAGUUCCCUAAUCAAAGGAAUGCGGCAGAAGGGAUACUCCCACUGUUCCCAGGCCUGACCUGUUAAACUUCCCUCACAGCCCUGUGGGGUGACCCUAACACAAGGCCUCAGCAGCAGGAAGGGCUGUGCAGAAUAGCCCCCCACCUCCCCAGCUGCCUCCUCCACACCACACACAUUCUUUUCAUGAGUGAGAAGUAAACUGUUAAGUUGUUGAGAUCUGAGGGUUUAUUUGUUACAGAAGCUGGUGUUAACCAACAUACCACACUAAAAAGCAGACUCUCAAGUUCUAAUAAUCUCUAAUUAAUCCAACAUUCUAAGCAGCUUUUGGGAAAUCUGAAAAAAAAAAAAAAUAUUAGGUAUUUUCCUUUCUGAGAGAAGGUGCUGACUCUGUCAUCAAACAGACUGUGAGUGGCAGGGCUGUCAGGUGCAGGCCGUGGGAGUGAGGGUGCUUUGGCUGGAAGGGUGGAUUUUGUGUGGCUUUAUUCACUCAUAAAAUGGGCGGCAGAAGAGAGUUAGUGUGUUUUAUGAAACAAUAAAAAAGGAGGGAGGAAAAAUACAGCAAAAAUAACCAUCAAAUAAACAGCACAGACUGGAUCAGCAAACCCAGGGUUCUGCAGGCCAGGAGUGAGGGGGAGACAUGGACACAGUCACAUUUCCCCCGCCCUCCUCUCCGUGAAGUCGAGAUUUCACACAGUUUCAGUGUCUUCAGUGUCUAGCAAUAAACAUGGGGUCACAUUUCUCUCCUGCUUAACAAGCUACAGCUCCUGUGGCACCUGUUCUUCCUGAUAUGUCUCCUGCUCCUUCCCAGGUUCUGCAUGGAAGGCUCCACAUGCUUUUCUUUCUUUGGGUGCAGAGUGAAGUGCCAGAUGUGUGGACAAGGAGAGAUGGCAACUGUGCCUAGAAUCCAGCCAUGCCUCACUGCUGAGGCACCCCCGGAAAACUGUGAAAGCCACUUGUUGGGCUUGUGCUUAGGGAGACACCAAAUUAGGGAGCACAUAGAGGUGGGUGCAGUCUGAUUUUAGAGAAGCCUCGAAGUCAUUCUGGGAGACAAAGUACGUCGAGCCUGAAGACAGGACUUGAACAAGCAGCAUAGUCAGUGAUCAAAUUGCCUGAGAAACUCAGGUUCACUCAACAAGACGAUGACUUUGCAGAGCACCUAUCUUGGGUGGUGAGGGAAAUUGAGGUCAACUCUGGUGCAGACAGGCCACUUAUUUUAUAUGUUCACUGGACUGGUGGAUUUGAAUUUCCAGUAGUGUUGGUAUAUCUGGAUUCCAUCAAGGCAUCUGAGAAAGUAUUAGGUGAUCAAUUUAUGGGUCUAUUGCUAAAAUACAGUUGUCUAUUGUUUCUUGCAGGGGAAAGGAUUAUAGUUGAUAUCUGAUGUAGUAAGGCCUCAAACCACCAUGUUUAAUGUUAUAGCAACAUUGGCAAAGAUAUAGAAGUCAAGUUUAUCAAAAGCUGUAUCCUUUGCCCCAAAUAUCUAGACAUGGAUGAGCAAGUCAUAACUUUAAUUUAAAAAAUCUCAGUAUUCAGGGGCCUCCCCUGGUGGUGCAGGCAGUUGAGCGCUGCGCUGUGAAGCUGUCUGCAGCCUCUGCAGCACUGGUUCUAUCCCGGCCGGCCGGCGAGGGUCACACAUGGUGCAGCAGACCUCUCCUGUCUCGCCUGCUGCUCCCUCAGCAGUGUAUUUCAUCAGUCUGCCUGUUCUGUUCCCCGCUCUGUCUCUGGUGAAUCCUCUCACCCUCCUGUGCAUCUGGCCUGUACCCUAGUUCUUAUAUAAAUAAAUAAAUAAAUCUUAAAAAAAAAAAAAAAAACCAGUAUUCAGCAUAGAAUGAGAAUGAAGUGACUUGAUCAGAGUUGAAUAAAAAAUCUUGGGAUUUUGGUGACCGCGGGUAUAAGUUUCCUACAUCUGCUGUAAAAUUCUACCAGAAUUUAGGAGAUGGUUUAAACCAACAGAAAUGUAUUCUUGCACAAUAGUUGUGCUUAGAAGUCUAGAAUCAAGGUGUUGGAAGGGCCGUUCUUACUCUGAAAUCUAGGGAAGAAUCCUCCUUGCCUCUUUGUUUCUGCUCACAGUAUUUGUGUUCCUUGGUCUGGGCAGCACAGCUUUGACUCUGUCUGUGUCCUCACCAGCACCUUCAGCCCAGUCGUGGGUUUGGGCCCACUCUACCCAGCACGACCUCAUCUUUACUUGAUUACAACUGCAAAGACUAUUUCCAAUUAAUAUAUUUUAUUUGGAAUAACUCACAGGUGCUGGGGAGCUGGUACUUGAACAUGUCUUUUUGGGGGUACAAAAUUAAACCCCACAACACCCAGUAUGGCCAACAAUGUGGCGUGGUUGCUGCUCGAGUUGCCGACUUUGACUAGGCUGAAUCACAAGAGAUCCACCUGCAGCAGGAAGGGAGUAGGUCUAGGCUGCUGGCAGCACACCUGGUGAGCCCUGGCAGGACGUAGCUCCUCCCGCUCCCCUCUGUGUCCAUGCUCCAGACCCAGCUUUUCCUUUUGUCUUCUAGACUGUUGAUUCCUGACUUCAUUGCUGUUCUUCUUCCCCCACUCACGCAUUAAAUGGUUGUAUUCCUUAGUGCUUUCAGGCAGAUCCUCUCUUUCUAUGUAUUUUUUCUAUGUUGAUAUCCUCUUAUGAAAUUUCAUUUAUAUACCAUUUACAUACAGAUGAUUCUAGAAUCUUUUGGAGAUGUCUCCUGAAACCCAACUAGAUUUCAGUAUCUUAUCUGAGUAUCUCCCAAAUCAGCCUCUUUGUCUCCUUCCUCUUUUAGAAACUGCGCCUCAUCCAGAGUUUCCAGGCUCAGGUGUCUAAGAAGCUGCAAGUCAAGACCCAGAAGAAAGAGGCAUUUCUUAAUAAUGAUUACUCAGCUAUAUCUCAAAGAAGUAAGAAAACAAUUAAGGAAAUGAGAUGCUAAGGAAAUGAGGGGAAGAACAAUCUCCCAAAGGUGGACCCGCCCAGUAUACCUUCUCAGCGUUUCAUCCCAUUUCCUCUUAUCCACCUGCAUAAAAGUGACCAGCCUCUCCUGGUGGCAAAGAGCAUCAAGGAAGAAGACACAGAAGCAGCAGAGGCUCAGCAGUGAGAGGACAUGAAGGCGCAGCGUGUUUCCCUGUGUCUCCUGGGCGCAGCGCUCUUCCUGUGCUCCGUGCGCGCCCGGAGCCUCAGGCGGUGCCUGGUGUCCGCGGACAUGCGCCACUUAGAGGAGAGCUUCCAAGACAUCAAAGGAGACAUUCAAGCCAGGGACACCUUGCAGAAUGUCACCAUCCUGGUCAUGUCGGACACCCUGCACAGUAUUAAGCUCUUAGACGUGUGCUGCGUGACCAAGAACCUCCUGGCAUUUUAUGUGGACCGGGUGUUCAAGGAUCACCGGGAGCUAAACCCCAAAAUCUUGAGAAAAAUCAGCAGCAUCGCCAACUCUUUCCUCUACAUGCAGAAGACUCUGCAACAAUGUGAGCGGACACUGUGUCACUGCAGGCAGGAAGCCACCAAUGCAACCAGAACGGUCCACGACAACUAUAACCAGCUGGAUGUCCCAUCAGCUGCCAUUAAGUCUCUGGGAGAACUUGACAUCUUUUUAGCCUGGAUCAACAAGAAUCAUCAAGACACUUCCACUGCCUGAUGAUCAGGAGCCUCGUUGCAGGAGUGACCCCCUAGGAGGUUUCUGGGGGAAUCAGCCAACAUGGAAGGUUGGGGAAUGGGGCAGACCUCAUUUUUAUGCAAAUGCAGUUUUUUAAAAGGUAACAUUGGUUUACAGCAUUGCAUAUGAUUUAGAGGUACAGAAUCAUACCCUUUCGGAUGUUUGCUGAUGCACAACCGCCCACCACGAAGGCACCCAUAGUCCUCCAAUGUACAGUCCACUGGGCCCGUCCACACGGCUGUCCACCACUCUCUUCCCCUCUCCCCCUCAAUUCUAUAGCAAGUGAUUUUUUUUUUUUGAAAAACCCUGCACUGAUUUGGAAUUCUGGCCCUUUGUGCUAAGGCAUUCUAGGGAAAAAUCUAGGUAUGAGCUGAUCGUAUCCUAUAGCAAAUGUCCUACGGGCUGGUCCCAGGCUGUCUGAUCCCAUUUGAAAGUAGCCAAAUAACCUAAGGUCAUAUUUAUGAUGAAACUUGUCUGCCCAAAAAAAAAAAGGCCCUGUGAGCCUUCCUGAAGGGCAAGGGUCGGCUUCCCCUAAUUUAUUGUGAAGUUGUUUAUCCAUGUCUGUGAUGUGAGCUGAGCGAUAUUCUGUAGUACACAUUGUACUGACUGAUUUUUCUAAAUAA